GAAGGCAUUUCCAUUUACAAGGAAUAGAUGCUACUCAUUUACAACCAAUCGCGAUACAUAGUUCUUUGGUUCAAAAUGAACCACAAAAACAAAAGGUUGUUAGUCCUCCACCAGCUUUAGUUUUACCUUUUCCACCACAAAUAAAUGUAGAGGAUUUAAUGAACUGCAAAACUCGUAAACUUCCUUCGAAACCUCCAAAUGCUUUCUUUAUUUAUCGUAAAGUAUAUACAAAAGAACUGGUUGCCCAGAAUCUUAGAUUUAAGAUGACUGAUGUUUCUCCUUGGGUUUCGAUCUCUUGGAAGCUCCGUCAACGUUACAAACAAUUAAAGUUAAACUCUACUCAAGUCGAUAAUAUUAAUAAUACUAACUCCGAUACCAGUUAUGAUUCAAACUCUUCAUCGGAUUCUCCUUCUCCACCUUUGGAUCCUCAACCCUUACCAUCUUCGUUAUAUUGGAUAUUACCUACCGAAUCAGAUUUUAUUCCAUUAUCAGAUUCUUUUGGAUACUCUACGCCACCGGAGGCUUUUCCAUUAUGGCAUGAUGAUAAUAUUUUUCAAGAAUUAUCUUCUGACAUGUAUGAAAAUGGAAAUGCAGAUUUCUCAUACGAACUUCUAGACUUUGAUUAUUCACAAUAUCUUCACGAACAAUUUGACGUUGGACAAGACUUGAUACAAGGCGACGGCUACAUGGAACUUUGUUUUAGAUCCGAGUUGUUUGUGGCUUGGACCAUAAGAGAACCAGAAAUUAGUGUUCAUUUAGGAAGAGUACGCAUUGCGGCCAAUGAUCGAGCGUUAGCAAAAAUUAUUAAGAAAUGCGUUGCUCUAUGGUUAG